AUGUCAGUCAUUCCCGAACAUAUUCAAAACUACCGCUACUAUUCUGAUUCUCCAGGACAUUUGCUCACUGGUGACGAAUGGGAACUUCUAAAUGCAAAGCACGUCCCUUCCGAAAAUGACAAGCUUCCAGAUGGUUGGCCAGAACAGCUCGAGGGCCCCUUAGUGUGGUCUGGAUCUGACUUGGAGAAAACGCCUGAGAAAUAUUUAUACAUUUUAAGUGAAGAAGAUAAAGAAGAAUUAGAUGUGGCCAUUAAAAGUUUCGACCAACUGGGCCAAGAACUUGAUAAAGUUGUGAGUGAAACAUUCCCACUUCCCAAGUUGGGUCCUCGACUUGAACUGUUUGCCAAUGAUAUAUACAAUGGGAUCGGUUUGAAGCUCGUGAGAGGAUUGGAUGUAGACAAGUAUACAGAACGCCAGAGGGUGAUUGCAUAUUUGGGGAUCAGCUCCUACGUCGGAGAUAUUCGAGACGCUCAGGGAAUCAACCGAGCUUUGAUUCAUAUCAAAAGUAUUGCUCAUGUACCGAAGGAAAAAAGAGCCCCAAUUGUGGUCAGUCAACAAACAACUGAUGCUCAAAUGUUUCAUAAUGAUGUGGGUCUCGAUAUCGUAUCGUUGUUUGUAUUGGACUUACCAAAGACAGGAGGCGAGUCUUUAAUAACGUCGUCGUAUACCAUUUAUAAUGAGUUGGCCAAAACCAGACCUGAACUCAUCAGUUUAUUGGCCGAUGAAGACGAAUUUGACUGGCCAACAAAGCCAAAGGAAGGGGGAAGUUUGAUUCAUUAUGUAGACAACAAGUAUAUUUCUUACUUUAGUACCAGAGUUUUCAUUGGAUUUGGCGACUUACCCAGAGAUGAAAGGUUCCCACCUUUAAAUGAUAAGCAAAAGGAUGCAUUUGGUGCUUUUCAUUGGGUCGGUUACAAACAUUCACUCUCAAUUCCAAUUGAAAAAGGGGACAUCGAAUAUGUGAAUAAUCUUUAUCUUCAACAUUCAAGGCAUGGGUUUGUAGAAGAUAAAGAUCACAGAAGACAUGUGGCUCGAUUGUGGCUUCGGAACUCAAAGUAUAGCUCUCAAUUGAAAUACCCUAAGGCAAUUCAAGAUAAGAUUGAUGAAGGGUACUUCCCAACAACUUACACCCAAGAAAUUCCAUUGAAUGAAGAUGAUGAAGAAAAGAUCAAAUUCAAAUACAAUGCAACUUCAUUAAAAUCUUUAUAUGCCAAGCCUAAAUAG